AGGAAGAAGACUUAAUUGGAGCCAGUCCUGUGAAGGCAACCCAGGAUGGACAAUUCUACAGUAUCACUGGAUCCCACUACAAUUGAAUAUUAUGACUAUGGUGAGGAUGCCACUCCAUGCCACAAAACUGAUGUCAAAGAAUUGGCCUCCAUGUUCUUGCCUCCCCUGUACUUUCUGGUGUUCAUCAUAGGCCUGCUGGGCAAUGCCAUGGUGGUGCUGAUCCUCGUGAAGUACAAAAGACUCAAGACCAUGACAAACAUCUACCUGCUCAAUUUGGCCAUCUCAGAUCUGCUUUUCCUCAUUACGCUUCCAUUCUGGAUUCACUAUGAGUGGCAUAGGAACUGGGUCUUUGGGAACAUCAUGUGUAAACUCCUUUCAGGGUUGUAUUACAUGGGCUUAUACAGUGAAAUCUUCUUCAUCAUCCUGUUGACUAUCGAUAGAUACCUGGCCAUCGUCCAUGCAGUGUUUGCUAUAAGGGUCAGGAACGUGGUCCUCAGCUUCAUGACCAGCAUCAUGACUUGGGGCAUGGCCUUCCUGGCCUCUCUCCCUGACGUCAUUUUCACUAGAUCUCAGAAGGAGUUUUCUAGUCACACCUGCAGCCCUCAUUUCCCGUAUGAGAAUGCAAGGAUGUGGAGACAGUUUCAGGCUUUGAAACUGAACAUCCUGGUAUUCGCGUUGCCCCUGCUGGUCAUGAUCACCUGCUACACAGGGAUUAUAAAAAGACUGCUCAGACGGACGAGUGAGAGGAAAUGGCGGGCGGUGAAGCUGAUCUUUGCUAUCAUGGUUAUCUUCUUUCUCUUUUGGACUCCCUAUAACCUCACAGUUCUCGUUUCUGCUUUCGAAGACUUCUUUUUUCCACCCAAGAGCAAAGAGCUUUCGUGUGAGAGGAGCAAAGAGCUAGACUUGGCAAUGCAAGUGACCGAAGUCAUCGCUUUCACACACUGUUGCGUCAACCCUGUGAUCUAUGCCUUUGUCGGGGAACGUUUUCAGAAAUACCUCUCUCAUUUUGUCCGCCAUCACAUCGCAGUGCACCUGUGCAAACGUAUCCCGUUCUUCUUGAGAGACAGGCUAGAGAGGGCCACUUCCUUCUCUCCUUCUACUGGGGAACAAGAACUUUCAGAUGAGUUCUAGACUGGCCUGAGAAUAGCUUACCUAGGAAGGCAGGUUAUGGACAUUAAAGGUUACCUAGCUGGAAUGGGAAAAUCAAAAUCCAUGCACUGAUCUCCAGAUUGAGCUUCUCAGAUGGGACAAAGUCAAGACUCAACUGGGAGGUGACACGUCCAAGAGAUUGGGAUCUAGGCUUGCCUAGACGAUAAAGACAGAGCUGUUUGCAAAAUUGCUCUAUAGACACAAAGAACUUUGUAGACACAAGCAGAACUUAAUGUAAUUUAUUUCCU